AGCUUCUUCCCUCAGGGCCUGUUGAAGUCUGAGCUUCAUCAGCAGCUGUUGUGGGAAAAGAACUGAUCUUUUUCUUCCUUUCUGGAAAUCGAGAAAAACCAAUUUCAAAUAGCAGAGCAUAUCACAAAUUCGCAACCAUGACGGAUUACACACAGGAGCAAGAUAUGGAAAUAGAAGCACUAGAAGCAAUACUUAUGGAUGAUUUCAAAGAAAUUCAUUCUAGUGAGAGUGGGCUAAAUACUUCUAAUCGGUGCUUCCAAAUAACAAUCAUACCUCAGGAUGAUGAAGCAGACGAAUCAACCAAUCCUCCAGUUCAACUGGGUUUGAUUUUUUCGCACACAGAAAAGUAUCCUGAUGAGCCUCCACUUUUGAAUGUAAAAAGUUUACGGGGAAUAAGUGCCGAUGAUCUUAAGAUUUUGAAGGCAAAACUUGAGCAGGAGGCAUCUGAAAAUCUUGGUAUGGCUAUGAUUUACACUUUGGUUACAUCAGCUAAGGAUUGGAUGUCAGAAAAAUUUGGCCAAGAUGCUAGUGCUGACAAUGCUGAAGAACAAGAGGCAGAAAAAGAUGAUGUAAUUAUACCACAUGGAGAACCUGUUACUGUUGAGACAUUUUUGGCAUGGAGAGAAAGGUUUGAGGCAGAAUUGGCACUAGAGCGAGCCAAGUUAAUGCCCGAGGCUGCUCUUACGGCACCUAAAGAGAAGCGGCUCACAGGCAGGCAGUGGUUUGAAAGUGGGAGAGCUGCUGCGAAAGGUGCAGCCAGAGUCGAUGAAGGAUCUGGUGAGGAAGAUGAAGAGGAAUUUGAGCUUGAUGAUGAUGAUUUUGAAGAUGAUGAAGAAGAUAUGUUGGAGCACUAUCUCGCUGAGAAAUCUGACUCGUCCUCUCAUACUUCAAAGAGGGCUGCUUGAAUGGAAGCAUCAAAAUUUUAAAAAAUUAGAAUUUAUGGAGAAUUUUCUGGUAUUGAUGAUCUUCCAUUUCUCAGGCAAUGCAUUUCAUAUGUAUUUUUGGCUUAUUUUUGCUUCUGACGGGAAAGUAGGAUCCGUAGAAGUGAUUGUCAUCUUCCUUCCAUUAAAUUCUUUCAGAAUGGUGGGAAUGGAGGUUAGUUGAAGAAGAACAGGUUGUGUCGUAAUAUUGAGUUUCUGUUACAAGGUACCAUCUGUAAUGAAAAGUUCACCGCUAUGCAUGGACGGUUCUGGGGUACAUACAGAAUUCAUUUAAAUAAUUAGAAAUUUUUUUA